UGUACGUGGCUUCACCCCUCAGCUGAGGACCAGGGCUGUUUACUGGGAGAAAUUCACAUUAAGAUAAACGCUCUGUGUGUAUGACGAUAAUAUCUGAACGUGUCAUAAAUGUCCUCUCACGCGCCUGUGCACUGUGACAAAGAGCGGCAGCUGUCCUCGUGAAAGCAGCAGCGGCGGUAGUGGUUUACCGGAGCGCUCGUGCAGGAGCGGCCGCUGUGGAGAGCUCUCCCCGCUGAUCAUCCAGCCCGUGAGUCGGUGUGAUAUGGCGGAGAGCGGGUCGUCGGUUGAAUUCUCCGGCUCUCUGACGAGCUCCACUCUUCCGCCGCCGAGGACCCGCAUCUUUAAAAUCAUCGUGAUCGGGGACUCGGGGGUCGGGAAGACCUGCCUCACGUACCGCUUCUGUGCCGGGAAGUUCCCUGAGAAGACCGAGGCCACGAUCGGGGUGGACUUCAGGGAGAGGCUGGUGGAGAUUGACGGCGAGAAAAUCAAGAUCCAGCUGUGGGACACUGCAGGUCAGGAACGCUUCAGGAAGUCCAUGGUCCAGCACUACUACCGCAACGUGCACGCUGUUGUCUUCGUCUAUGAUGUCACCAACGCCACCAGCUUCCGCAGCCUCCCAGCCUGGAUUGAGGAGUGCAAGCAGCACGCGCUAGGCACAGAGGUCCCCAGGAUCCUGGUCGGAAACAAGUGUGACCUUCAAGACUCCGUCCAAGUGGGCACAGACGUGGCGCAACAGUUCGCAGACGCCCACUCCAUGCCUCUGUUUGAGACAUCUGCAAAGAACCCGAGCAGCCAGGGAGACGGGAGCUCUGGCGGAGGAAACAGUGACCACGUUGAAGCUAUUUUCAUGACGGUGGCCCACAAGCUGAAGUCUCAGAAGCCUCUGGUACUGAGCCAGCCAUCCGGAGGAUCAGGUGGUACUAUCAACCUGAGCGGGGGGAGGGCUGACGGGGGAGACGGGGCCCGGAGCUGGGGCUGCAGCAGCUGCUGAGGGAGAACAACGGAGCGAAAGACGGAGACGACUUCAGCCAGUGGCUGCAAAAGAUCGAAGAGAUUGAAGACGGAAGGAGCAGAGAAAAAAGAGGAGGUCUGGGAAGGAAGAAUGGAUCUAGCAACAUGGCUUCACAAUCAGCACAAACACAUAGACCAAUUCUCCAUGCCUGUGCUUAACUUUAUAAAUGACUUUAGAUGAUUCGGGGGGUAAUAUUUACAGUAUGAUUGUUGUUUUCAGAUGCCAAAAUCUGUUGUUGUUUCAUGGAGAUGAUCCUAAACAAGGGGCCAAAAAUCUUAUCCUAAAUCUCCUUCCAUAAUAAUAAUUUAAGUUCUGUGCCUGCACUGCUGAAGUAUCAACUCACUUCUCUUCGUGGGCCCCGUGGCCCCAGGAAACACAGAGACACAGUGGCAUUAAUAAAAAGGGGAUUUUGGGGAGGGACAUGCCAAAAAAUGUCUUUCUUUAAAAACAUAUUUACUGUGAUGUGAUAAGAGGGCAGAAUUUCACCUCCUCAUGCAAAUGUGUGGUGGACACAAAAACACUCCACUUUAAUACAGUCUGUUUGGUUUGAAGUCAGCCGUGUUCUUAAAGGUGCCCUGCUGUGUUUCCAUGUUUACAUUCGGUGUUUCUCAUCAAAACACAUUGUGUAUUUUGAAGCUUUACAAACAUGUUAAAUACAUUUCCCUCUCUAAAUGUUCUCUAAGCCGAGAGGAAGUUAGCAUCCUCCUGGUUCCCUUGCUAAAUAACCUAUGGGAUUUUCCCAUUGGGUUUUGGAUUAUUGCAGAAAGUAAGCUCUGUGAUAAACAGUUUAUGACACUAAAACAUUUUUUUUGUUUUUUUUUCAGUGAGAUAAUUUUCAUAAAUGAACACCACUUUUAGGAUUUCUGAAACAUAACUGCAGUUGCUAUAAAUUUAAAAGCUAAUGUUAGGCUAUAAAUGAUUCAGUUGUGCUGGAAAGGUGCAUGCAGGGACAUUUCUUGGAUUUUAGGACUUUCAUGGAUUAACCUGGACCCCUGUCAGGGGGUCUGGGUGGUCCUCCCUUGACCUUUUUUUUAUGCUAUAUUUUCAUGAUUUUUGAUGCACUCUAACCCUCAAUUACACCCAGAGUCCAAAAAAUUCCCAGUGUGAAUCAGUUUAUUUUCAUUUUAGAUAAAAAAAAAAGGUUGGUGUGCCACCUGACACCCUAUCAGGCUGCAUAAGAUGAGUACCACUGUUUUAAAUACUUUGAAACCAUAUGUUUGUCGAGUUAAUAAACUGCUAAAAGUAUCAAAUCUCAACAUAAACUGUCCAUCAGUGGAAUCGUGGUAGCCAGCAGAGCAUUUACACAUAAACUGCAGUGAUUUGCUCAUAAAAACAUAUUGGCUGUUACUACUGUUGCAAAAAACUCCACAGGGUACCUUUAAGUCUGUUUGCUUUAAAUCCAAAGACUGAAAACCUUCAAUGUUUUUCUUCAUUUAAAAUGUCAGUCAUUUCAUAUUAAUGUUCUGUUUGUAUCACAUGCUUAGCAAGCUCACUGAAAUGUUGCAGCUGGUUAAAAAAAGGGAUCAGUGUAAAAAAAACAAACAAACAAGAAAUUUCACACUGCUAAAGAACAACAUUGCAAAAUAAACUGAAGUAAUUGCAUCUAGAUUUAACACGCUUUUCAUAGUCUACGCAACUUUGGGCUAGCCGUACAACGAGUGAGUAUUGGAUAGUCAGAGCAUGGUCUGAUUGGGGCCUUCGGGCAAAAAUGAGCUUGGACCCCUUUUAACCUCCCUUUUCUCUCACUCAGUGUCGAUUGUAUUGUAAUGCUGGUGUAUUACAUGACUAUUCCUUAAGGUCUGAUGGCCCAGACACACCAAACUGAUAUCAAAGAACUAGCAGCAACAAAGACAGACUGUUGUGUUGCUUAAUGUUGCACCACACCUCGAAAGCCCUUUUUACACAGAGAUCAGGCUAUGUCCUGUCUUUGCGCCCCCCUUCGCUUUUUUAUA